UGAGCGACGACAGACAAUUCUUUGUGCGUGAAAUAAAAGAGUUUGGAUGGUUCAUACACAACUCAGACUGCCAGUCAGUCAGUAAACCGAUUGUUCUUAUCACAGACUCGAGUGGUUGCAGCACGGUCUGCGACGAUAAGCCAGGCGUUUUUUUUUUCACUCUAUUGCUAAUCAGUAAAUUUAAGUUAUCUGCUGAUUGAUAGGCACAUUGGAUAGGAUAGUCAUUCGUAACAGCAGAGUAUGUAAAGGCAAUCAGAGUUCAUACGGUGCUAGAGCGGAAAGUGUGUCAGAAGUGUUUCGAAUUGUUUGUUAAACAGAGGCCGUGAAAAUGUCCACAGAAGAGCUGAGUUUGGCGGACGAAUUAUUCGAAGAUGUUAAAUAUCAAGAGGCGUUAGAUCUGUUGAAUAAAUUAAAUGAUAAAGAUGCCGUGGAAGUUCAGUGGCGAUUGGCACGUGCAAUGUUUUUUAUUUCUAAACAGACCACUAACAAUGACGAGAAAGCGAAGUAUGUCCGGGAAGCUUUCGAAUAUGCUCAGAAAUCUGUGGAAUUGGAUGCAAAUAGUUUCGGAGCUAACAAAUGGUAUGGUGCCAUCUUGUCGGAGAAGAGUAACUUAGAUGGAGUGACCGAACGCAUUAAACAGUUGGAAAACGUGAAGAAACAUUUUACGAUAGCCAAGGACAUCAACCCAGCUGAUCCGGGCAUUCUACACAUGCUCGGGCAGUUCAAUUUUAAGUUGUCGGAAGUCAACUGGGUCACCCGAAAGCUGAUCAACUCGGUAGCCCCGAAUCCCCCGAAAGUAUCUUUUGAGGAAGCAUUGGAAUGGUUUGAGAAGGCCGAAAGGCUGAAGCCGGGCUUUUAUAGUCAGAAUUGGCUAUAUCUUGGUAAAACGUAUCUCGCUAUGAAACAGAAGGACAAGGCCCGCGAGUGGUUUGAAAAAGCAGCAACGGUUGAGGUUCGCAACGAAGAUGAUCGCAUCUGCCUCGAAGAAGCUAGUCAGGCUUUAAAACAACUUUAAUAGUAUAUCACACCAUCGACCUCGCGUUUCUUUGUCGCUGCUUGCAUAAUUUCUAUCUAAAAUAAGAAUUAAUCCAGGCAAUGUCACAGUUGAAAGGCCAGCGUGGCUGUUUUUGUUGAAUGCAGUUUAUGAUAAAGUUAAACAGUGCAUGGUUAUUACUAGGAAAUUCCGCUAACGUCGUAUAUAUCGAUGUACUAAACAAGAACGCAAAUCGAUCGGCUACGAGACCCUCUUAGUCAUAAUGUGCACGAUAAUUAGUCAGAAAAUGGACUUUGCGUUGCUAGUGUUAUGGUGCUGAUUUGAAAGAUAUUUCCGUUUAGAUAAAUAUACGUUAUACGUGUUUGCACGUUGUUUCGUUCAAUUGUAUUGAUACUGUAGAUCACCCAGAGAGAUUCGUGUUUGACCUAGGGUGUGAUUUCGAGCAAUAGAGUUGAAUUUAUCAACUUGCUUGUUUGAUGUACAGCCUGUUACAUAAGAUCGUGGUCACUGUUGUGAGAAAAUGAAAAGACUCAACAUGAAAAUACUUUUGAAUAUUGUUUUAUUAGAUCGAAAA